GCAGCGCUGGGACCCCUGUCAUGUUCAACGAGAAUGGAGAUGCCCCCGGGCGCUACGACAUCUUCCAGUACCAGCUCACCAACACCACGGUGCCCGGGUACAAAGCCAUCGGGCAAUGGACCGAAUACCUGCGCCUGAACAUCGAGGAGAUGCAGUGGUCCGGGGGCCAGCAGGACAUCCCCUCGUCCGUCUGCAGCCUGCCCUGCGGGCCGGGCGAGCGGAAGAAGAUGGUGAAGGGCGUGUCCUGCUGCUGGCACUGCGAGCUCUGCGACGGGUACCAGUACCAGCUGGACGAGUUCACCUGCGAGACCUGCCCCUUCGACAUGCGCCCCAGCCCCAACCGCACGGCCUGCCGGCCCACGCCCAUCGUCAAGCUGGAGUGGAGCUCGCCCUGGGCCGUGCUGCCCGUCUGCCUGGCCAUGGGCGGCAUCCUGGGCACCACCUUCGUGGUGGUCACCUUCGUGCGCCACAACGACACGCCCAUCGUCCGGGCCUCGGGGCGGGAGCUGAGCUACGUGCUGCUGACCGGCAUCUUCCUCAUCUACGCCAUCACCUUCCUGAUGAUCGCCGAGCCGGGCGUGGUGGUGUGCGCCGCCCGGCGCCUCUUCCUGGGGCUGGGCAUGGCCCUCAGCUACUCGGCCCUGCUCACCAAGACCAACCGCAUCUACCGCAUCUUCGAGCAGGGCAAGAAGGCGGUGACGCCGCCCCGGUUCAUCAGCCCCACCUCGCAGCUGGCCAUCACCUUCAGCCUGAGCGCCGUGCAGCUGGUGGGGACGCUGGCCUGGCUGGGGGCCCUGCCGCCCCACAGCGUCAUCGACUACGAGGAGCAGCGGGUGCCCAACCCCGAGGCGGCCCGGGGGGUGCUCAAGUGCGACAUGUCCGACCUGUCGCUCAUCGCCUGCCUGGGCUACAGCCUGCUGCUCAUGGUCACCUGCACCGUCUACGCCGUCAAGGCCCGCGGCGUGCCCGAGACCUUCAACGAGGCCAAGCCCAUCGGCUUCACCAUGUACACCACCUGCAUCGUCUGGCUGGCCUUCGUGCCCAUCUUCUUCGGCACCGCCCAGUCCGCCGAGAAGAUCUACAUCCAGACGACGACGCUGACGGUGUCCAUGAGCCUCAGUGCCUCAGUUUCCCUGGGGAUGCUCUACGUGCCCAAGGUCUACGUCAUCAUCUUCCACCCCGAGCAGAACAUGGCCAAACGCAAGCGGAGCUUCAAGGCGGCGGCCACGGCCGUCAGCGCCUCCACCCGCCUCUCGCAGAAGGGCAGCGAGCGCCAGAACGGGGCUGAUGCGGCCCCGGCCAGCAAAUAGCGGGUACAUGGGUAUUGCCUCCCUCCCACGCUGCCACAGCCAGGGAGAGAACCCAGGAGUCCGGGCUCCCAGCUCCCCUCCUCUA